GCGAGGAUGAAACUCAUUACUGCGUUCGACUUCAUCUCUUUAGUCGUAUAUUCCUUCACCUUUCUGCUCGGCCUCCCUGCCAACCUUCUGGUCUUCUUCGCGUAUGUGCGUAAAGCUCAAAAACAUGGUGCUACCCCUAAUGUGGUUUAUACCAUGAACUUGUGCUUAUCCAACCUGGUCCUGGUUGCAUGGAUGCCCGUAAAGGCCGCCUAUACCGUUCUGGAUACGUGGAUCCUACCGGAGCUGCUCUGUCCCAUUUACAACUUCUUCGUGGUGGCCUCACUUUAUGGCAGCGGGCUCCUGCUGACAGCUGUGGCCGUUGGACGUUAUCUGAGCAUCGCCUUUCCGAUCAGCUAUAAAAUGUAUCGCCGUGCUCGCACGUCCUGCAUGGUCUGCGCUCUGUUGUGGUUUAUAGUGCUGUUGCAUCUCAGCUUAGCUCUGGUGGCUGAGAAAAGGGGCUACUUUGUGUCUUCAUUCCAGCAAAACAAAUCAGAGUGCUAUGAGAACUUCACACGUGAGCAGCUGGAUGUCCUAGUGCCGCUGCGGCUUGAGAUGGCACUCCUGCUGUUCGUCGUGCCCCUCAUGGUCUCGAUCUUCUGCACGCUGCGCUGUCUAAUGCUGGUGAAACGCUCAUGCCUCUCAGCCGUCAACAAGCGCCGCAUCCUGGCCAUGGAACUCUCAGCGCUCAUGGUCUUCGUGGUGUGCUACACACCGUACAACGUGUCUCACGUGGUUGGUUUCAUCAAGAACGAGAACGUCUACUGGAGGCGCGAGGCCAUCGUCUCCAGCUGCUGCAACGUCUUCCUCGAGCCCGUGGUGAUGCUGAUACUGUCGCCCUCCAAGCCGAGAAACCUGCUGCGCAAACUGUGCUCGAGGCGAGUCCCCGAGCAACAGCACGAAGGCAUGGUGCACACGAAGGACCCUCUGGCGACGAUGUCGAUCAAACCACAGUUAGGUUCUGGAUUUGGAAAAGCGUCAAAGAAGAAAUAA